AUGGGGCGCCGACCGGCCCGGUGCUAUCGCCAGAUCAAGAACAAGCCGUACCCCAAAUCGCGGUACUGCCGGGGUGUGCCUGACCCGAAGAUCCGGAUCUAUGACGUGGGGAUGAAGAAGAAGGGAGUGGACGAGUUCCCCUUCUGCGUGCACCUGGUGAGCUGGGAGAAGGAGAACGUCACCAGCGAGGCCCUGGAGGCUGCCCGCAUCGCCUGCAACAAGUACAUGACCAAGUUCGCUGGCAAGGAUGCCUUCCACCUGCGCGUCCGCGUCCACCCCUUCCACGUCCUCCGCAUCAACAAGAUGCUCUCCUGCGCCGGCGCCGACCGACUCCAGACCGGCAUGCGCGGUGCCUUCGGCAAGCCCCAAGGCACCUGCGCGCGCGUGGACAUCGGACAGGUGCUCAUGUCCGUGCGCUGCAAGGACGGCAACGGCGGCAACGCCCAGGAGGCGCUGCGCCGGGCCAAGUUUAAGUUCCCCGGCAGGCAGAAGAUCAUCGUCAGCCGCAAGUGGGGCUUCACCAAGUACAGCCGUACCGAUUAUCUCAAGUGGAAGGAGGAGUGCCGCAUCGUCCCCGAUGGGGUCAACGCCAAGCUACUCGGAAGCCGCGGGCCACUCGCUAACCGCCUCCCCGGCCGCGCCUUCCUCGCCGCCCCCGUCUCCUCCGCUUAG